UGCGACCCGGAGGCGGAACCGGCCUGCGCUGUGCCGACCUCGGCUCCCGGAGCGCGGGGGACCUGCCGGGCCUAAGGGAUCGUGCGCGCCUCUCCCCCCGGCCCCGCCGCGCUCGGCCAUGCGGCCCCCGCGCUCCCGCGCCGCUCCGCUCGCGCUCCUGGUCGCGCUGCUGGCCGCGCCCCCGGCCCUGGCCGAGGCCCCGCACCUGGUGCUCGUGGACGCGGCCCGAGCGCUGCGGCCCCUGCGGCCCUUCUGGAGGAGCACCGGCUUUUGUCCCCCACUGCCUCACAGCCAGGCUGACCAGUACGACCUCAGCUGGGACCAGCAGCUCAACAUGGCCUACGUGGGCGCUGUCCCCCACGGCGGCAUCGAGCAGGUCCGGACCCACUGGCUGCUGGAGCUCAUCACGGCCAGGGGGUCAGUGGAGCAAGGCCUGAGCUACAACUUCACCCAUCUGGAUGGGUUCCUGGAUCUUCUCCGAGAGAACCAGCUCCUCCCAGGCUUUGAGCUGAUGGGCAGCCCCUCCAAACGCUUCACCGACUUCGAGGACAAGCAGCAGGUGUUUGAGUGGAAGGAGCUGGUCUCCCUCCUGGCCAGGAGAUACGUUGACAGGUACGGACUCUCCCACGUUUCCAAGUGGAACUUCGAGACGUGGAACGAGCCAGACCACCACGACUUUGACAACGUGUCCAUGACGUUGCAAGGCUUCCUGAACUACUACGACGCCUGCUCCGAAGGCCUGCGAGCCGUCAGCCCCGCUCUGCGCCUGGGGGGCCCUGGGGACUCCUUCCACCCCUGGCCGCGCUCCCCGCUGUGCUGGGGCCUCCUGGGCCACUGUCACAACGGCACCAACUUCUUCACGGGAGAGUUGGGCGUGCGGCUGGACUACAUCUCCCUCCACAAGAAGGGCGCGGGCAGUUCCAUCCACAUCCUGGAGCAGGAGCAGGCGGCCGUGCAACAGAUCCGGCGGCUCUUCCCCAAGUUCGCCGACACCCCCAUUUACAACGACGAAGCUGACCCGCUAGUGGGCUGGUCCCUGCCGCAGCCCUGGAGGGCCGACGUGACCUACGCGGCCCUGGUGGUGAAGGUCAUCGCGCAGCACCAGAACCUGCUGGUGGCCAACGCCAGCUCCCCCGUGCGCUACGCGCUCCUGAGCAACGACAACGCCUUCCUGAGUUACCACCCGCACCCCUUCACGCAGCGCACGCUCACGGCGCGCUUCCAGGUCAACAACACCCGCCCGCCGCACGUGCAGCUGCUGCGCAAGCCGGUGCUCACCGCCAUGGCGCUGCUGGCCCUGCUGGACGGCGAGCAGCUCUGGGCCGAGGUGUGGCAGGGCGGGACGCUGCUGGACGGCAACCACACGGUGGGCGUCCUGGCCAGCGCGCACCGCCCGGCCGGCCCCGCUGACGCCUGGCGCGCCACGGUGCUGGUCUACGCGAGCGACGACACGCGCACCCACCCCAACCGCAGCGUCGCCUUGACCCUGCGCCUGCACGGGGUGCCCCCGGGGCCGGGCCUCGUCUACGUCACGCUCUACCUGGACAACCGGUUCUGCAGCCCUCACGGCGAGUGGCAGCGCCUCGGCCGGCCGGUCUUCCCCUCAGCAGAGGAGUUCCGGCACAUGCGCGCAGCCGAGGACCCGGUGGCCGCGGCGCCGCGCCCCUUCCCUGCCAGCGGCCGCCUGACGCUUCGCCCGGAGCUCCGACUGCCCUCACUCCUGCUGGUGCACGUGUGCGCACGCCCAGAGAAGCCGCCGGGCCAGGUGACCCAGCUCCGGGCUCUGCCCCUGACCAGCGGGCAGGUGCUCUUGGUCUGGUCAGAUGAGCAUGUGGUCUCCAAGUGCCUGUGGACGUAUGAGGUCCAGUUCUCUGCAGGUGGCGAGGGGUACGCUCCCGUCAGCAGGAAGCCGUCGACCUUUAACCUCUUUGUGUUCAGCCCAGACACAGCUGUCACAUCUGGCUCCUACCGGGUUCGAGCGGUGGACUACUGGGCCCGACCAGGCCCCUUCUCGAACCCUGUGCAGUACGUGGAGGUCCCUGCCCCGUGAGGGCUGCCGCUGCCCAGUGACUGUGAGCUGGAGCUGACCGGUGACCCCGGGCGGCCAGGAGCUGAGGCGGGCCGGACCACCGCCGGCCGUCACUUGGCUCUGUUCACCUUGUCCUGUGACUUGCUCGCCUCCUUAAAGUGCCUUUCCGCUCAUCA